GGGGCGGUGCCCAGCCGCCGGCUCUCGGCCGCCGCUCGGCGUGCGCCCUCCGCGUUCCAGGCGGCGGGAGCCCAGGUGCCGCCAGGCGGGACGCGCCCGAGGAUGUGCCGCUGGCCGCUGCUCCUGCUGUGCGGCCUGCUCCCCGGCGCGGCGGCGGGGGGCUCGGGCCGGCCCUUCCCGCACCGCACCCUCCUCGACUCGGAGGGCAAGUACUGGCUGAGCUGGGGCCCGCGGGGCGGCCGGCUAGCCUUCCGCCUCGAGGUGCGCACCGCCGGCUACGUGGGCUUCGGCUUCUCGCCCACCGGGACCAUGGCCGCGGCCGACAUCGUCGUGGGCGGGGUGGUCCGCGGGCGGCCCUACCUGCAGGAUUAUUUUACAAACGCAAAUAGAGAAUUGAAAAAAGAUGUUCAGCAAGAUUACCACCUAGAAUAUGCCAUGGAAAAUAGUACACACACAAUAAUUGAAUUUACCAGAGAACUGCAUACAUGUGACAUAAAUGACAAGAGUAUAACGGAGAGCACGGUGAGGGUGAUCUGGGCCUACCACCACGAAGAUGUGGGAGAAGCGGGUCCCAAGUACCACGAAUCCAGUCGUGGUACCAAGAGUCUGCGGUUAUUGAAUCCUGAGAAAACCAAUGUGUUGUCUACAGCUGUACCAUACUUUGACCUGGUAAAUCAGAACGUCCCCAUCCCAAACAAAGGUACAACAUAUUGGUGCCAAAUGUUUAAGAUUCCUAUGCUCCAGGAAAAGCAUCAUGUAGUAAAGGUUAAGCCCGUGAUACAGAGAGGCCACGAGAGUCUGGUCCAUCACAUCCUGCUCUAUCAGUGCAGCAGCAACUUCAGCGACAGCGUCCUGGACCACGGCCACGAGUGCUAUCACCCUAACAUGCCCGAUGCCUUCCUCACCUGCGAGACUGUCAUUUUUGCGUGGGCCAUUGGUGGAGAGGGUUUUUCCUAUCCACCUCAUGUUGGAUUAUCCCUCGGCACUCCGUUAGACCCUCAUUAUGUGCUCCUGGAAGUCCAUUAUGACAAUCCAACAUAUAAGGAAGGCUUAAUAGAUAAUUCUGGAUUGAGGUUAUUUCACACGACAGAUAUAAGGAAAUACGACGCUGGGGUGAUUGAGGCUGGCCUCUGGGUAAGCCUCUUCCACACAAUCCCUCCAGGCCUGCCUGAUUUCCGGUCUGAGGGUCACUGCACCCUGGAAUGCCUGGAAGAGGCUUUGGAAGUUGAAAAGCCAAGUGGCAUCCACGUGUUUGCUGUUCUGCUCCACGCUCACCUGGCAGGCAGAGGCAUCAGGCUGCGUCAUUUUCGCAAAGGGGAGGAAAUGGGAUUACUCGCUUAUGAUGAUGAUUUUGACUUCAAUUUCCAGGAGUUUCAGUACCUUAAGGAAGAACGAACAAUCUUACCAGGAGAUAAUCUAAUUACUGAGUGUCGCUACAACACAAAAGAUAGAUCCUGGAUGACUUGGGGAGGAUUAAGCACCAGGAAUGAAAUGUGUCUCUCAUACCUUCUUUAUUACCCACGAAUUAAUCUUACUCGAUGUGCAAGUAUCCCAGACAUUAUGGAACAACUUCAGUUCAUUGGUGUUAAGGAGAUCUACAGGCCAGUCACGACCUGGCCUUUCAUUAUUAAAAGCCCCAAGCAAUAUAAAAACCUUUCUUUCAUGGAUGCAAUGAAUAAGUUUAAAUGGACUAAAAAGGAAGGUCUUGCCUUCAAUAAGCUUGUCCUUAGCCUGCCGGUGAAUGUGAGGUGUUCCAAGACAGACAACGCGGAGUGGUCGAUUCAAGGGAUGACAGCAUUACCUCCAGAUAUAGAAAGACCCUACAAAGCAGAGCCUUUGGUGUGUGGAGCUUCUUCCACUUCUGUGCGUGGAAAUGUGUCUCUCGAGCUGCUCCUGUGCUUCGUGGUCUGGGCGGCACACUAAGUACCACGAGCUUGUGCCCGUAAUCCUGUCGGGCUCCGUGACCAUGGUUUUCCGAGAUCCGAACCUGACAUUUAACGUGCAGGUUAAAGACACUUUGGGCAUGAAGGGUGAGGGUGAAGCUCUUGGAGACUUUCCUUUCACACGUCCCCUUCCUCCCCUCCCCCUCCUCCCAGGCUGCCUGAGAGAUGUCAGUCGGGUUCUCGUCUUUUCCUCAGAAACAUCUGAUAACAUGUAUCGACCCCCAAAUAGAGCAAAGCUGGCCUGACUUAAUAUAACCUCUUAAAAACUAUGGAUAAAGUCAAGUGGAAGUAAAAGAAUUCUUUAUCUCCUUCUGUAUUUCAUUUUAUUGAAAUAUUCUUUGUUAUUUUACUUUUUAAAAUUGUUGAUUUGGUUUCUAUAUUCCUUUUUUUUUUUAAUGUUUUCAUCAUAAAGGUGUAAAAGGAAGUACUCUCCAUUCCAGUUUUCUUCCUCUUUAUUUCUCUUUGGUGUGACUUCCCAGAUGUAACAGUGGUCCUUCCUACCUUUCCGCGUUAUCUCGUUCUGUCCUUUUCUGUGAAUUACCCAUGGACCUCAAUGCUUUCUGAUGGUGCCCAUUCUAGUCUCCUCAUUUAUCUGAGUCUGAGUCCCAAACUACCCUGAACCCAUCUCAAAGUACUUUUUUUCCCCCUUCCUUGCUAACACUGGCCAGGUGAGUUUUUUCCUUGAGCUCUGUCACUAUCUAAAAAGAAAGAGGCUAUGGGAAACAUAGAAAUGGUACACAACUGAUUGUAGACUGAGGAGAAAAUGUAAUUGGCUGCAAACUCUGUGCUGUGAGGGGUGUUUUGUGGGGCUCCAGGGCAAAGGCCAGAUAGUGUGAACCAGCUGAGGAGGGUGUGAGGUCCCUGUAGUACCUCCCUGACCAUGGUGGGUGUCAGACGUGUUGCAUACUGGCUCAAUCUGAGUCACAGUUGCUAUUGUAGAUGUAUUUUUAUAUUAGUUAAUAAACUAACUUUCCAUCGUAAAAUUGUCACCAACUGAAAAUCUUGUCACCUUUUUUGGUUCUCUUGGUAUAGUAUAGAUUAGCCAAAUCUUGUUUUGUGUCUUUUGCUCACUUCUUAAACUAAGUCUGUUUGGAUCAUAUUAAUAAACUAAAUAAAAUUAAAUUUUUGUGUGGUAUCUUGCAUACUCCUUGAGAGAAGCAAGUGGUUCAAUACCGCUUGAUUUGCCAGUCCAAUCACUUAAGAAUGUUGCAUUUUUCCAUUCCAUUUUUAAGCCAUUUCUCCCUAGCAAACAAUGUCUUCAACACAAACUGUAUUGUCUUUUAAAUAAAUAUUGUGUUUCAGAGUU